GUUUCAGGAAACUGCUUUAAGACAUGGAGCAGAUGCUCCGGAUGGAGCAGCUGGGGGACUGGCUGGUUGUGGAAAAGUUGUUUUGACAGGUAACUGAUUCGAUACACGCUUUUUUGCUAUCAGUAGAGAGGUUAAGCAUAACGUUUACGUCAAACAAUUCAUUGCCGUUCCAAUACGACCUCGACGUGAAAAAAUUGCUUUAUGCGACGUUUUAUGGAGGACGUAAAUACACGACGACUGAAACAUAUACAUCGCAUCUCUUUCGAUGCCAUAAAAAAUCCGAAUUCAUUUUAACAGCGAAGUUUACGCUGCCGCUGGCGUCAUGGAUGCUAAAGCUCCCUUAAAUUGUAUCAACUACCAUUCACCUCUCCCUUUACACCCACACCCACACGCCCCUGUCCCCCAUUAACACCCACACCCACACGCUCCUGUCCCCCCCCAUUCGCCUCUCACUUCACACCCACACUCACACGCCCCUGUCCCCCCUCCCCAUCCACCUCUCACUUCACACUCACAACCAUACCCACACGCCCCUGUCCCCACUAACCCUCACCUCAUUUAUUUUAUAGGUGUGUAAACCUUGGCUAUACUGGUGGAAGCUGCCAGUUAUGUCCCAGUUCCUGUUGGAUGUCCAGCAAGGCGUGGAAGUGUAUAUGUUUCGGCAAUGGUUCCUGCUAA